AUGAUUCACGAUGGAAAGAGACACAAUCGACUUGUAAUUGGAUUAAUUUUUUUGUUAAUUUUGACGUUUGUUUAUCAAAUUUUAUUUUUUGAAGAGAAAAAAAUUGUUUCCGGGGCAGAAGAAUAUGAUAAGCUAGAAGCGGAAAACGAGCUUCUCUCGGCGAAAAUCCUGUUAAUUGAAAAAGAGCUUUCGCAGCGAGAAGCGGACUUGAGCAGCGAUGAGCGUACUAUUUCCACGUUGCGUGACCAAAUCGACUUUCUCAAAAAUAACAUCGGCGUGGAGGAGCUGUUAAAACACAAGGCGGAGAAAGAAGUUUUGGGAAGAAUGAACCGCCCUCCUUUUCCGAAAACGCUGACGGACGAAGAAUGGGAAAAAAUCGAAGAAGACGACGAAAUCGAAGCAGAAAUCGAAGAAGUUUUCGAAGACGAGGACGAUUUCGAUGAGUCAUCUUCGUCAGAUAUUCCUGAAAAUUGUCCGCUGAGUGAAAAAUAUACAGAAAAAGAAUUCAGCCUUGACCCUUUGAAGGCGAAAUAUCCAACGAGAAAUGACAAGUUUUUAACGACGGUUUUGAUGAAUGGGCCGAACAAUCAACUUGUUGGACUGAGGGAGACGAUUUUUAUGGCAAUAAAAUUGAAUCGCUCGUAUAUUCUCCCAAAAUUUUUCAAACACGACCACGCAGAUCCAACCUCAGUCAAAGACCCUUACGCUGAAGUCUCUCCAAGUUUCCGCAUUUCGCCUUCGAAGAUGAAAGGUCUAAUCAACGUUCAUCCUUUUUCCGACAUUCCCGACGUCUGCGAGGAUCAUCAAAUAAGCGUUUUUUAUCAAUUAAAAAUCGGGCUUGGAGCGACAAAUUCUGGCCGACUUUUGAGGACUUGCAGAAACAUCGAUUGCCAAGUUGAUGAUCUCGACUGCGAAACGACAGAAUCUCACUGUAUCGAAGACAUAGCCCUGCCGCUUAUUCCGGAGAAGAAACCAAGGGGGCGAUUUGGACAAGAUGGAAACUUUACAACAUUCCAGUCACUGUAUGAUACUGAUCACAGUUGUGCCCUGAUUGGUUUCCCUUACAUGGACAUCAACUUCGCCAAGAAUAUCUUCAACGAGAAAAUCCUCCCCGAAGAUCGACAACUCAUGGUCGACAUCAUCAAAGCAACCGGACGACCAACACAUAUCGAGGAAGUUGCCGACCUUUUUGUCAAAGAAUUCAUUAACGAUUCCGGCUACGUGGCCCUCCACUGGAGAUACAACGAUGAUGACUGGUGGCACGGAGGAUGCGACAUUGAUGCAGGAGUAUUCAGAGACGGAAACGGGGAUUUGGAGCAAAAGGGGCCGAAAUUAUGCAAGCAGCUCUCGUUAAUGCGCAAUCCGAAGAUUUUCGCGAAACAAAUCGACACUUACUUGUCACGUGGUCUUGAAUCUACGACCCAAAAUAUCAAACGCGAAUGUGGAUUUACCAUGGCGAUGAGUUACGAGGAAGCAGCUGCGAAAUUGCGAAAACGACUCGGAUAUAAUCAUUCAAAGCUCACGAUGAAGAUUGAGGCGAUGACUCGAGGUCGAGGAGAAACAAUCAGCGAAGCUUACUCACGGCUGAUGAACUUGCUCAGCUCAUCCGGAUCCGUUUACGAAAAUCUCCCUGAGGAAGCGCAAAAACAGUUGAUCCGAACGUCAUUGAAAAGGAUUCUCCGGCCACAAGAGUACCAGCAGUUCUUCACCGUUUGGAUCAGCCAUCAGAUGACCACUUCUCUGGCGGAAAUCGCAGACAUACUGGCGUUGCUGGAAGGAAGUUGGACGGUCAGCGAGCCUAUCAAUGAUCCUGAUACCCUUGGCUACGACUUGAAUGCGGCCUACCGAGACAUCAAAUGCCAUCUCUGCUCUGGACCACAUUUCCUCAAGGACUGCGACACUAUUUAUAUCGCAACACCUCCAUCAGAAGCCGAUCUCAUCAAAAAUAUGCGAAAAGAACUCAAAAUCAUCAACCCCGAAAUUACCGUUCUUAUGCAGUCUGAGCUCGAUCCUUUUGUCAGAAAAUUUUACAAGAAAAAUAAUUGUGGAGACCUGAAAGAUGAAUUUUGGGAAAUUUUAUCGCUCGUCGAGCUGGAGACAUGCUUGAAAGCUUCCGUCUUUUUGGGCUCGCAAGGCUCCAGUUGGAGCAAAAACACAAACAUCGAAAGAAGAAUCCACGGUGUCAAUUUCGCGGAUGCGUCCAAUGAAGUCAUCAUGCCUAAUUUAUCCGAUCUGCAUAAUUUCAGCAGCUUGGAAAUGCAAAAAUCGGAAGUUUGA